UUUCACACCAUGAGGAGAGCUGCUUUAUUUCUACUGCUGACAGGUCUCUUGGCCAAUGGACAAGAGUUACACUGGGAAAACGGCUAUGACCAGUCUCUAGAUUUUAACUGCCCGGCAGGACAGUCGAUAUCCUACAUAAAGAGCCAACAUGAUAAUCAUCAUGAGGACCGGAUGUGGGAGUUCGGCUGUAAAGACACCUUUGAUUCUGGUGCAGACUGUUUCGUGUCACCUUACGUCAAUGAUUUUGACCAAACGUUCACCUAUGAGUGUCCACCGCACCACAUCAUCACAGGAAUGAGCAGCUACCACAGCAAUAAGCACGAGGACAGACGCUGGCAGUUUUACUGCUGUAGAAGUAACAGCCACUGUACUGCUAACUGUGAGUGGACUACCUAUGUGAACUGGUUUGAUGAGCUCUUUCACUGGACCGUACCAAACCAAAACUACCUGGUGGGUGCUGAAAGCUACCAUGAAAAUAAACAUGAAGACCGGCGCUGGAAGUACAAGUAUUGUAGUAAAGUACAAUGCUAAGACUCUCAAAUGCAAAUAAUCUCAAAUAAUCUGAAAUAAACAAGAUGGAAAUG